CAUAAAAUGAUACUUGUGAAGAGUGUGCUUCUUAGUUCAAGUAGAUAAAAAAGAAAAAUAGAUACACGAGACUAAAUGAGCAGCUCUAGUCCGGAGGUGACAUGAGAAGGCAGAAAGGGACAGGAGCUGGUUGAAUGGACACAGGAAAUCCAGGGUGGAAAGGAGGAGUGUGCUGUCACAUUAUAGGGAUUGCAACUAGGGUUGCAUAACUAUGUAUAAAUUUUUGUAUAAGAAACUAGCUUGAGCUCUGAACUUUCACCUAAAGCACAAUAAAGGAAAAAAAAAAUGCUGUUGCAUUCUUAAUGUGUGACACCAAUAGUUAGGAAUGGAGGACUGACUGUUCACUUCAGUACUAGGUCUUUUAUCAGGUUAGACAAAGAACCUUACUCCACUGAGUGUUUCAUAGGUUCAAAGAAUAUAAUUUAAGGCAAUAUUGAGGUCUUCACAUCUAUUUCUGUUUUCAGUAUUAUUCUGUCUUUCAUUUUGUUUUUGUGUGUUUUUAAAAUAAAUUUCCAAUGAAAAAUGCCAUAACCAAAAUAAUCUGGUUUACAGAUUAUGGAUGAUUGGCCAGGGUAUGACUUGAAUUUAUCCACAUACCCACAGCACUAUUAUGAAGAUUGGGAAUAUGUCCUCUUACCUGAUGGCAUCAUUGUGAACAGAAUUGAGCGGCUGGCUAAGGAUAUUAUGAAACAUAUAGGAUACUGUGACAUUAUGGUCCUCUGUGUGCUUAAAGGACGUUACAAAUUAUGGGCCAACCUUGUGGAGCACCUAAACAACAUCAGCCAGAAUUCAGAUAGAUUUGUCUCUUUGAAGGUGGAUUUCAUCAGACCAGAAAGUUACAGGAGUGACCAAUCCAUGGGUGAGAUGCAGAUAAUGGGAGGCCAUGAUCUCUCUGCACUUGCUGGAAAGAAUGUCAUCAUUGUUGAGGAUGUUGUUGAGACCGGGAAGACCAUGAAAGCUUUGCUCGGCAGCAUCGAGAAAUACAAGCCCAACAUGGUUAAGGUAGCCAGUUUGUUGGUGAAAAGAAAUUCUAGAAAGGAUGGCUUUAAACCUGACUAUGCUGGAUUUGAGAUUCCAAACUUAUUUGUGGUGGGUUAUGCCUUAGAUUACAAUGAACGCUUCAGAGAUCUGAAUCAUAUAUGCGUGAUCAAUGAACAAUGUAAAGAAAAAUAUCAAGUCUAAAGAAUUAAAUUCCCACCAUCGAAUUUCCAGAUAACAUCAUACUUAGGAUUGCGCUCGGGAAGCCAGCUUGUAAAAUUUAUCCCCCGAGGCGUCUUCCCUCUACAGGAUAUUAAAAAAAAAAAAAAAAAGAAGUUUUAAUGAGAGAGCUUUCUUUUCUGAGAUUAUCACAGGAGUAGCAACAGUUCUUAAGGAAAAGAAAGCGAGGCUUUUGUUUGAUUUGUUUGAAAUCACACACUCUACCUUGUGACUCAUGAGUUCUGUCUACCUUCGUGCUCCUAAGCUAUGCCUCCUUUUGUUUUGAUACAGUCAUUAUGCUUUGUUACUAUUCCCAGGAAUACCCCCACCUAGUAACCUAAAUAUUUUCCACUUAACCUUUUUUUUUUUUAAACUCUAUUUUGGUAUUAUUUUAUAAUCUUAACAACCUAGAAAUCUCUAAGUCCUGCGCCCAUAUACUGAGAAUGCAAGUAGAUUCCCAUAAUAAAAUGGGGAGAAAGGACAAUUUGAUAUAAAUUUCUGUUUGUACAUUUCUGACAGGCCAUUAUGAUCUGCUUUUGACAAAACCUUUGUGAAACGUAGUGUACGAUGAAUCCUAAUGAUGUUAUCAAGUGAGUCUGUGUUCAGUGCUCGUGAUUUGCGCUUCCGGUCUGUGAUGACAGUAUGUCAUGUGUGCAUGGAUGUACUCAACUGUGUUUAAUACUCUGAAUUUUAAUUAGAAAAAUACAAUGGCAGCAAGGCCCUGCUUUCUAAGCCGCGUCCUUUUAUUCAUGAGGGACAUGAGCAAAUGGCAGAAUUUAAAAAGUAUUUUUUUAAUGGCAGAGAAAAAAAAGUAUUUUCAAUGCUCAAAACUAAGCAAGUAUCCAUUUUCCUCUUGUUUGCAGCAAAGGACCAGACACUGUUAUUAUGGCUUGUCCUGAACAGGAACACAGAGGUUGGAUUAUUUUUUUUUAAUGUCCCUUUAAGACAUUCACACAACCCAAGGCACCAGA